GAUUGUGGAGCAAGAUCUAAUUCCUUUCUGUAACAUGGAACCUAUUACAGGAAGUUGCAUCGUCGCAUAUGUUUUCCAUUUGUACAGAAACAUGAAUAAAGAUCAAGCUGGCAGAUUUGUAUUUGUGAACCCGUUCACUAUCUCACACUCUAGCAAGUUAUCAAUCGAAGAUAGGGCACGUGCAUUAUCAGAACGAUUGCUUCUUACAACUACAAAUCAAAUUAUUUUGGCGCCUUGCAAUGUGGAUAAACAUUGGAUACUCACAGUAAUUGUACCACACAAAGGCCACAUGUAUAUGUUCGACUCUCUUUAUAAUAGAAUUCGUGAUGUCCCUUGGAAAGCUGCUGUUGACAAUGCUAUGAGUAUCUACAAUGCAAACAAAGGAAAGAAAUUCAAGAACUCGGCAAAAUGGGAAACUAUAAAGGCUCCUAGGCAACCUGGUGGUACGGAAUGUGGAUUUUUUGUGAUGCGCUAUAUGAAAGAAAUAGUGCAAGGGUUUGAAAAGGACGCCAAUAUUUCUCUGCCAUCAUUGUUUACGAAUGUACAAUAUUCUCAAGUUGAAAUCGAUGAAGUUCGCGAGGAAUGGGCUAAGUGUGUUCUUACACAUGUAUUGGACUGAUCAUGUGGCAAUAACAGUUAGCAGAAUGAUAGGAAGCUAGAUGUGGCAUUUUGGUUGGUGUUUUGUAUGUCUUUUGAAUCUGAAAAAAAUGUAAGAAUUUGGUGAAGCAAGUGUUGAACACCAUUUUUUUGUUAAUAUUGUUUGGAUGUAAAUUACAUGACUACUUUAGGUACUUUGAAGCUACAAUGUAUGGAAGUUUAAGUUAUGUUAUAUAAUAUGUUUUGGAUUGUAUUA